CAGAGUCCAACAGCAUGUCUGUACUCCAGCAGCCUGUGUCUGAGUCAGUCCAGCCAGGAGACUCUGUGACUCUGAACUGUACAAUACACACUGAGACCUGCGGAGGAGAACACAGUGUGUAUUGGUUCAGACAUGGCUCAGGAAAAUCCCAUCCAGGAGUCAUUUACACCCAUGGAGAAAGAAGUGAUCAGUGUGAGACGAGCCCUGAGGCUGGGUCUCCUACACAGAGCUGUGUCUACAACCUCCCCAAGAGGAACCUCAGCCUCUCUGAUGCUGGGACUUACUACUGUGCUGUGGCCUCAUGUGGGGAGAUACUGUUUGGGAACGGGACCAAGCUGGAUGUUGAAGACCUGUUGGGCGAUCAGAGUAAUCUUAUUUUCCCCAUCAUUAUAUCUUGCCUGACAACUACUGUGAUUCUGAGUGUGAGUGUCAACAUUAUCCUCUGUGUGAGAAUGAAGAGGUCACGAUGUGAACACUGUGCAGCAGGGACCCCUUUUCAUCAAAGCCACUAUGGGAAUCCUCUUGCCAGCAUUUCAGCACAACAGCUCCACAGUGACGAUGAUGGCCUGAACUACGCUGCCCUGAAGUUCACUGACAAGAAGAGUUCCAAGCCCAGGAGACAGAGGAGAGAACAGAGAGAGGAAGAAACCAUCUACUCUGGCGUGAGUUAUCAAGACAGGAUGUGACAGUCCUCCAAUCAGCAUCAUUUUAAGUUGAGCUCUACUGACCUCCUUUUUGACCUUGACUGUGUCUGUGUGACUUGGCUGUUUUGUACUUUCCUCAUUUGCUAUACAAUGUAAUAGUCGGUUCUAGCUGUAGAGACAGUCACUGCAUUGGCAUAUUCUCCUAAUAACGACAUAGAAUCACUCAGAUGCAGAGCAUAAGUGUCCAGCAAGUGUGAAAUCUGACACUAGGAUGGUUUCAGAAGUCUCAAAUACUCACCAAUAGUGGCUGAGGUUGACUGACUGGAUAAAUUUGAUUUUGUGGAAGUGUACAACACAAUGUAUAUAAUGAUUUUGCAAAUGUCUAGUUGUAACAUGGAACUCUGUAACCUGCCUAUAUGCGUGUGAUGGUUCAACAAACAUGAUUUUACUUCAUAUGUUUAAUGACUUGCCCAAUUCUUACCAUUAAUCUUAUGUUUGAAUUUCUUCCAAUUUGACAUGAGUGUUUUGUGUAGAUCGUUGACAAAAAAUGACAAUUUAAUCCAUUUGAAUCCCACUUUGUGUCACAGUGAAAUGUGAAGACACCCAAUGUUAGUGUAGAUUUUCUACAGGCGUUGUAUGUGCUCCUAGUCUCAGAAACAAACUCAAAUUAUGAAAAAAUACAAACCAGUAACUCUGACUUCAUACCACUUGAAGAUAAAUAUCACUCCUUUGUGAUAGCAUAAGCAUUUUAGAGAGAAUAGCAUCAUAGAUUCAUCUAUGAAUACAUACUGUAUUUGUAUGUCAGGUAAGGCAUUAUUUUGACCUCACUUCCUCUUCAAACAACCACUGGAUCCAACCUAAAAGUUGUGCCUCCUGUGGUGCAUGUAAAAACACAUUCCUGCCCAUGCUGUCACUUCACUUUGUAUCUUGACCCUCAUCUCAGUUGUUCUGUUACACCAGACCAGAGAGAGAGAAGUUGAAGGAUGUUCAGGUUGUGUCUUGUCCUGGUUAUCAUUGCAGUUUAACAACUUAACUUCUCUAGAGUAGGGGGCAGCAUUUUCACAUUUGGAUGAAAAGUAUACCCAAAUUCAACUGCCAGCUACUCAUCCCCAGGAGAUAAGAUAUGCAUAUUAUAAGUAGAUUUGGAUAGAAAACACUCUGAAGUUUCUAAAACUGUUUGAAUCAUGUCUGUGAGUAUAACAUAUCUUAUUUAGCAGGUGAAACCCCGAUGACAAACUAUUCAAAAACAUUUUUGAGGUCACUUUCUUUUCACCAGUUUUCUAAGUGAAUUGCUUGCAGUUCCAACGUCUUCCACUGGACGUCACCAGUCCUGAGAAAUAGGUUGAAGAUAUUCCUUUGUGUAAUGAAGAAAUAUGGCCAUCUUGAAGUCGAGUCACUCCAGGUGUACUGUUUGAUUGAAGAGCAUGUCCAGAAGGCAUGCUACAUUUGGUUUUAAUCCUGUAUUGGACACAGAUCAUCCUGUCUUCAAUUUUAUCGAUUAUUAAGGUUAAAAAAUACCUAAAGUUGAAUUACAAAAGUAAUUUCACAUUUUUUGGCAACGUUUACAGGUAAACUUUCCCCACCAAACAGGCAGUCUUCUCAACAGAUCUUUCAUUACUUCCUGUUGAAUCUGCAGACGUGUUGCUGUGCGUUUUGUUGCUGUGCGUUUUGCUGCCAACUUUACUUUACUUUGCUAGCUGACAACUUUACGUUUUUUGUUUUGUUUCUGUUUUUAAUUACCGUUUAUAUUUGUAGUUUUUCCAUCGCAACUUUUUUCCCUCAUUCAACUUUUUCACUCCGGACGCUUUAUCCGGACAUGGUUCGUCAACACCUUCAACAGCCGAAGCUAAGUAGUAACAUUAACAUGAUGUCUUCUAAUUGCAGUCGCUGUACUCAUAAUAUACAGGAGAACGAUCGCCUUACGGCGAAAAUAGCUGUGCCGCAAGCCCAGCUUCAGACGCAAUCGUUAGGCAAGGGUAAUUUCAGUGUAGGAAAGGAAGAAACAGCGUCUGUGCCACCAGUAAGUACAGAUAGUAACGUUAGUAUAAAUCCCCCCGCACAGUCCCCGCAGCCGGACAACUUUCUCAUGGCUUCUGGAGGGAAAUGCUGUUGGAAUGCUCAACCGGUGUCGCUCAUUCAGCCGACAGAAACUUUCAACCGGUUUUCCCCAUUAUGUAGCGAGUCGGAGUCUGAGUCUGAGUCUUCUCUUGUCUCUACUCCUCCCGUUACGGGGUCUGAGACGCCGAAGGCUCCCACCGUUAGCUCUGACAAAUUGAAAACCCUAGUCAUUGGCGACUCCAUUACCCGCAGUAUUAGACUUAAAACGAAUCACCCAGCGAUCAUACACUGUUUACCAGGGGGCAGGGCUACCGACGUUAAGGCUAAUCUUAAGAUGAUGCUGGCUAAAGCUAAAUCUGGCGAGUGUAGAGAGUAUAGAGAUAUUGUUAUCCACGUCGGCACCAACGAUGUUAGGAUGAAACAGUCAGAGGUCACCAAGUGCAACAUAGCUUCAGCGUGUAAAUCAGCUAGAAAGAUGUGUCGGCAUCGAGUAAUUGUCUCUGGCCCCCUCCCAGUUAGGGGGAGUGACGAGCUCUACAGCAGAGUCUCAGCACUCAAUCGCUGGUUGAAAACUGUUUUCUGCCCCUCCCAAAAGAUAGAAUUUGUAGAUAAUUGGCCCU